UGUUUUGUUCUGGCUGAGAGCCAGUGGUGUGACUUACCCUCAGGCAAACUAAGUACAUUUAGGACACUGAAGUUAGGAGUAAAAGAAGCGGCAAAAAGAUUACUGAUUCAGUUUAUACCACUUAAAUUUUUGUGGGAAUAUUUAGCCAUUGACUCCUUCGUCUUUGCAGAUAUGAAGAUUGCUUCGUUCAAUGUACAGAGGUUUGGAAUAUCCAAAGUUUCAAACCCAGAAGUCCUGUCAACUCUGGUGAAGAUUGUGUCUCGCUAUGACAUAAUACUGAUUCUAGAGGUGGUAGAUGCAAGUGGAGCUUCGGUUAAACUUUUCAUGAAAGAACUGAACAGAGUCAACACAACUCAUCACUACACGCUGCAGCUCAGUACACGCCUGGGAAGAAACAGAUACAAGGAACAGUUUUUAUUUCUGUACAGGGAUGAUGUGGUCAGACUGAUUGACUGCUAUCAAUAUGAGGACAACCAGGUAAAUGAUGUGGAUGCUUUUGCUCGAGAGCCUUAUAUUCUUCACUUCGAACCACGUAACACAGUGUUGAAGGAUAUAGUGCUGAUCCCAGUCCACACAGCACCAUCAGACUCUGAGAAGGAGCUGGAUGAGCUGUAUGAAGUCUUCCUGGCGGUCAGGGACAAAUGGAAAACUGAUAAUGUAAUGAUCCUUGGGGAUUUCAAUGCAGAUGGCGCAUAUGUUACACGUAAGGAAAUGAAAGAGAUCCGCAUCCGCAGUGACACAAACUUCCAUUGGCUGAUCGGUGAUGACGUUGACACAACAGCAAACACAUCCAAUGAACACACCUAUGACAGGAUUGUUGUCUAUGGGGAAGACAUGGUGGCAGCCAUUGUGCCACAUUCAGCCAAGCCCUUUAACUUCCAUAAAGAGUUUGGUAUGACAGAGGAAAUGGCACUGAAAGUGAGUGAUCACUACCCUGUUGAGGUAGAAUUACUCAACUCUUCUCAUUCCUGGAUGACACAGAAGGGCCAAACUGACAUUUUUCAAAGUCAACAGUCAUCUGCAACCAACACUGUUACAGAUGAUUUACAGGCUGAUGUGUUAAAACUGCAGAAAGAAAACCUCUUGCUGGAGCGAGAAAAACUUCAACUACAGAUCUGCUUAUUGAGACAUCAACUUGCUAAACUGCAAAUGAACCAGUGAGCGGUGGAUGAACACCAUGGGAUGCUGUAAUCCUAAAUUAUUUGGAAUUAUUGUUCCAUUAUAUCCAUUUGGUUUGAAAUGUUUUUUUUAGUAGUAUAUAUCAUUAUAUGUUUUUUAAUGCAUAUAUUCAUCUUUUGAAUGUAAAGGUUUUACAUUUCAGCAUUCUGAUUUAGAAAAAUGUCUGAUUUUGAAAGCUGAUUUGUUAAAAUUAUAUAUUAUAUUGGCACAAAGAUACACUAUGUAAAUGCAAAAAAACUGAAAUUAAACUGGUGCUGGUAUAAACUUUCACCAGGGUCAUUGUGCAUUCUAAAGCCCUGGGGGUGUGCUUGGAGAGGAGGGGGUGGAUGUGGUACAAUUUAUGUAUGCAUAGGUGAUUCAUAGGUGUAAAGGAAUUGUUACAAAAUAUCACUAAAUUAACUUUUGUAGGCAUGAAAAUGGGAUUUUUUUAAGAUAAAGAAACACAUUAUGUCAACAUAAAUACUACUUACUAAAUAGAAUAAGAAAUUUUCUUGUAAGUUGUUUAUGUCUUUGUAAUUAUUAAAAAAAAAUAAACGCAAUUAUUCAUUUCUACACUGGCCUCUA